UUAGGCACACGUAAGAUCACGAUCAAGCCAACAUCCCCGAACUACAUGUAUAUGUAGUUAUUAGAUUUUUUUUAUAUGUAAUUUCACUCGACUGUGGUGUGCUUUAACAUUUCACUGAGUGGGAGGCCUGCGCCCUCCGCUGUGCCUAGGCACAAAGGCCCUCACAAUGAAGCUGACGGACAAUGUGCUGCGGAGUUUCAGGGUGGCGAAGGUUUUCCGAGAAAAUUCCGACAAAAUCAACUGUUUUGAUUUCAGUUCCAAUGGAGAAACUGUGAUUUCCAGCAGCGACGAUGACUCAAUUGUCUUAUACGACUGCCAGGAGGGAAAACCCAAGCGGACCCUCUACAGUAAAAAGUAUGGAGUUGACCUCAUCAGAUACACGCAUGCAGCUAACACAGUGGUCUACAGCUCCAACAAAAUCGAUGACACCAUAAGAUACUUGUCCCUGCAUGAUAACAAAUACAUUCGCUACUUCCCCGGGCACAACAAGAGGGUUGUAGCUCUGUCCAUGUCUCCUGUUGAUGACACGUUCAUUUCUGGUUCGUUGGAUAAAACCAUACGGUUAUGGGAUCUCCGCUCCCCUAACUGCCAGGGGCUGAUGCAUCUGCAGGGAAAGCCGGUGUGUUCGUUUGACCCGGAGGGACUGAUUUUUGCCGCCGGGGUCAACUCAGAGAUGGUCAAACUCUAUGACCUGCGCUCCUUUGACAAGGGUCCCUUCGCCACGUUUAAACUGCAGUACGAGCGCACGUCGGAGUGGACCGGCCUGAAGUUCAGCAACGACGGCAAACUCAUCCUGGUCUCCACGAACGGAGGGACUCUGCGUCUGCUGGAUGCGUUUAAAGGAGCCGUGCUGCACUCGUUUGGGGGCUACAACAAUAGUAAAGGUGUGAUUCUAGAAGCUUCCUUCACUCCAGACUCCCAGUUUGUCAUGAUUGGUUCGGAGGACGGAAAGAUCCACGUGUGGAACGCUGAGAGUGGGAUGAAAGUGGCGGUUCUGGACGGCAAGCACACGGGACCCGUUACCUGUUUACAGUUCAACCCCAAAUUCAUGACUUUCGCCAGCGCCUGUUCCAACAUGGCGUUUUGGCUACCCACUAUCGAUGAUUGACAGAGGGCCGGAGAAUUCGAAGGACAGUCACCAGCGGCCAUCGGGAGUCUUUGACUGUGUUGUUCCGCUCCAGUCCAGUAGAGGGCAACAGACUCAUUCCUUUACACUCUGUGGUGCAAGGCUUAAAGGACUGAUGUAUUGUAAAUAAUUUUAGCCGUGUGGCUAAUGUGUGUUUCCUUGUGCUCUUUUAUACUUGUAUUAUUAAACUUUUUUUUUGGUGGGAUGGGGUGUAAACUGAAAAGAA